CCUGCGCGGUGGUGGCCGAGGCUGCUGCAGCGGUGGCAGUCAUGGAGCCUGCGGAGCCGCUAAACGAGUUGGUGUCGGCCGAGGGCCGAAACCGGAAGGCGGUGCUGUGCCGACGUUGUGGCUCCCGGGUGCUGCAGCCGGGGACGGCUCUCUUCUCCCGCCGGCAGCUUUUUCUUCCCUCCAUGAGAAAGAAGCCAGCUCUGGCUGAUGGCAGCAAUCCCGAUGGCGAUAUCCUCCAGGAACACUGGCUGGUUGAUGACAUGUUCAUCUUUGAGAACGUGGGCUUCACCAAGGACGUGGGCAACAUCAAGUUUCUGGUCUGCGCGGACUGUGAAAUUGGACCAAUUGGCUGGCAUUGCCUAGAUGACAAGAAGAGUUUCUAUGUGGCCUUGGAACGGGUUUCUCAUGAGUAAUUGAGGGUAGGAGGACUCAACUCCACCCCAACUGUAAAAGCUACUCUCCACAAGAACUGGCAUUUAACGUGGUAUAAUUGUUCUGCUGCCACCUUCUCUGUACCAAUAUAAAUUAUGAGUAUCAACAUGUCCAGCUUAACAUGCAGAGAGCUAACCCUGCUUCCUUAAAGCCUCAA